AUGGUGAGGGGCGUUUUGGCUCGUGUAGCGAAUGGUGAUAAUGAGGUGGCGCGUGAGAUAGGCCGAGUCCUCGAGGGUUCGGGACUCGUUUACAUGCUUGGCAUGAUUGUGUUGUCGAUCUCGUUCAUGUCUGUUCUCAUCUUAGCGUGUGCAGAUAGUGGAUCCGGUGGCAAGCGUCGGAGGAGAUAUGGAGGUGUCGCCGGAGGUGGUGGCGGCGGCGGCUGUGGUGGUGGAGGCGGCGGCGGUUGUGGCGGUGGAGGCGGCGGGUGUUGA